CUGAAGCCUCAGACUGCAGCUGGUUUUAGGUUUCAGUUAUUUGCAGGUGCAGUGAAGAAACAUAACGAGAACGUGUGCUUUUUUAAAUCUCCUCGUUCCGCCCUCUGCGAACGCAACUGCUGCAUGUUGUUUAUCUGCGAAUCGUGACCAUAGGUCUGACUUUAAGUUAUGCUUUUAUCGAAAGUGAAAGUAUGUCGCAGAUACAAAACGCGCCUUUAACUCGAUGGCAACAGUUCAAAACAGAUCAGACUACAUAGGACUAAACAGCAGCAUUUCUCUCUGACUCUGAGACUCUCUGAAGUCCUGAAGAUGAGGGACUGUGACUCUGAUGAAGAAUCCUCUGCAGCCAGUUUAGCUCAAAGUCAUCGAUCCAAAGAAUAUCCUCCAGAAUUCAGCACAGAACGCAAACCUUCAAAACUCUCUGAGGCACUGAAGAUGAGGGACUGUGACUCUGAUGAAGAAUCUUCUGCAGCCAGUUUAGCUCAGAGUGAUCGAUCCAAAGAAUAUCCUCCAGAAUUCAGCACAGAACUCAGUGCUGCUGGAAGAAGUGGUCAGACGUCUUCAAGCCGACUGCAGAUGCCAGGCACCCUGAAUGUGUUUGAAUCUGAAGCUCUGGCUUUUCUGAACAAAGCUCUGAAAACACACAAGAAGGUUCUUUCUGCAAAAUACAAAGGACUGUUUGAGAAAGACGAGCAGGAGGAUGAAGCUGGCGAAAAGCUGUUGCAGUGUGACAGUGAAACAAGUGAAGCAGCUCUGAGGGUCAUCCGCCAUAUCCUGGAGACCAUAAACCAUGAUGAACAUCCUCGGAUCCUGCAACAAAGUCAUUAUGAAACAGUUGAGAAGUACCAACGCAAACUGAGAUCUGCCUUGAAGAGGAAACAUGGCUGUUUGUUGGAGGUAAUAAAUGCAGAGCAGCAGCCGGUGCCUCUGAAAAAGAUUUAUACGAAGCUGUACUUGAUCGAGGGCGACAGUGGAGAGGUCAACAAUGAGCAUGAGGUGAGACAAAUCGAGGAUUCGUUCAACAAACAGAGGUCUUCUGAGACUCUGAUCGAGUGCGAGGAUGUCUUCAAGCCCUUACCCAACCAAAGACAACCAAUCAGGACGGUUCUCACCAAGGGAAUCGCCGGCAUCGGAAAGACUGUGUUGUCACAGAAGUUCAUCCUGGACUGGUCCGAUGACAAGACCAAUCAAGACAUCCAGCUCCUGUUUUCACUUCCGUUCAGGGAGCUAAAUCUGUUCAGGAAUCAAAAGGUGAGUCUGAUGGCGCUCCUGUACGAAUUCUGUCCAGGCCUAAAGGAAUCUGGGAUCAAAGACGUGACGGCAUAUAGAGUUCUGUUCAUACUGGACGGUCUUGAUGAAUGCAGGUUCCAGCUGGAUUUCAAAGACAGAUGUUCUGAUGCUGCACAGUCAGCCUCGGUUGAUGUGCUGCUCACAAGCCUCAUCGCAGGUCAUCUGCUACCAAAAGCCAACGUGUGGAUAACCACCCGACCUGCUGCUGCCAGCCUCAUCCCUACAGAGUACAUCAACCGGGUGACCGAGAUACGAGGCUUCAACAACCUGCAGAAGGAACAGUACUUCCACAAGAAACUCGAAGAUGAAGACCUGGCCAAAAGAGUCCUUGCAAACAUCAGAUCAGCCAGGAGUCUGUACAUCAUGUGCCACGUUCCGCUGUUCUGUUGGAUCUCCUCCAUUGUCCUGGGAAAAAUGUGUGCCAAAGCAGGAGCAGGGAAAAUGCCAAAGACCCUGACUCAGAUGUACAUCCACUUUCUGGCUCAUCAGACCACACAAAUGUUUGUCAAGUACAGCGAGGAGCAACAGCUGGACUCUGAAGGAAACGAUAUGAUUCUGGCACUGGGGAAGUUGGCUUAUCAGCAGCUGGAGAAGGGCAACCUCAUCUUCUACGAGGACGAUCUCAGAGAGUGUGACAUUGAUGUCAAAGAGGCCUCAGUCUAUUCAGGAGUCUUCACACAGGUGUUCAGGGAGGAGUCCUUCAUGCAGAGAAAAGUCUUCUGCUUUGUGCAUUUGUCUGUCCAGGAGUUUCUCGCUGCUUUGUACGUACAUGUGGUGUACAAGGUCCACAACUUAAACCUGAUGAAAAAAACAGAGAAGACGUCCCAAACCAAACUUGUAUCCGAACUGCACAAAGCUGCAGUGGACCGAGCCUUGCAGAGCGACAACGGCCACCUCAAUCUGUUCCUGCGGUUCCUCCUCGGACUCUCUCUGGAGUCUAAUCAGGGUCUGCUCAGAGACCUGAAGAUACAGGUGGAACCCAGCAAUGAUCAGAGUCAAGAGGAGACCAUAAAGUACAUCAAGGAGAAAAUACAGGAUGAGAGUCUCCCUCCAGUGAAGUGCAUCAACCUGUUCCACUGUCUGAAUGAAUUAAAUGAUGUUUCGCUGGUGGAUGACAUCCAGAACUGCCUUGACUCAGACCGAGACUCCGUGAUGGAUAAGUGCAGCUCUGCAGCUAACUGGGCAGCUCUGGUCUUUGUGUUGCUCACCUCGCCAGAGAGGUCGGAGGAGAUCCAGCUGAAGAAGUACUCCAGGACAGAGGAAGGUCUCAAGAGGCUCCUGCCAGCGAUCAAAGCUUCUACAUCAGCAAAGUUAAAUGACUGUAAUCUCACUUCGAACGCCUGCCAGAUGCUCUUCUCCGCUCUCAGCUCAGCAUCUUCACAACUAUGUGAAUUAGAUUUGACUGACAACAACAUACAAGACUCAGGUGUCGAGUUUCUCUGCAGCCGACUCCAAAGCCAACAGUUCAGGCUGAAGACGCUCAGCCUGAUCAGAUGCGGUCUCACCGGGAAAUGCUGUCAAAGUCUGGCUUCAGUUCUGAGCUUCAACUCAUCACAACUUCGAAACCUGAAUCUGAGUCACAACGACAUUGAAGACUCAGGAGUCCAGCUUCUCUGCCUUGGACUGGGAAACAAGAGCUGCAAACUGGAAACCCUCAGGCUGGCGUUUUGCAGCAUCACACAGGAAGGCUGUGUUUUUUUGGCCUCAGCAGUGAAGUCCAACCCAUCCCACCUGAGCGAGCUGGACCUGAGCAACAAUCACCUAGGAAAGUCUGGAGAAGAGAUGCUGUCUCAGGCUCUGCAGGAGGCACGCUGUGAAUUCAUCAAACUCGGAGUCAAGCAGAAUGCAGAACACUGGUUUAAACCAGGACUGAGGCAAUAUUCACGUGAGCUCACACUGGAUCUGAACACCACUCAGAAAUACCUCGUCGUCUCUGAAGACAAGCAGACUGUCAGCUGGAGCAGUAAGGAGCAGUCGUAUCCAGAUAACCCCGACAGGUUUGACUACUGGACCAUUGUCCUGUUCCAGCAAGGCCUGACCAGUCGCUGUUACUGGGAGGUGGAGUGGACAGGACAGUGGGCCGGCAUCGGUGUGACCUACAAGAGCAUCGGUCGCAAGGGGCCAGACAAUGAGUGCGUGCUGGGAUACAACAAGCUCUCCUGGUGUGUGCACUGCUCUGAUCACGGCUACCGAGCGUAUCACGACUUCGAAAGCAUCGUCCUUCCAGUGCCUCUAGCCCGCUCUCGGAGGGUGGCGGUUUAUCUGGACUGGGAGGGCGGCGUCCUCUCCUUCUACAGAGUUUCCUCUGGAGGCUCGCUGGUUCACCUGCACACCUUCCACGCCAAAUUCACCGAGCCUCUUUUCCCUGCGUUCAAGGUGUGGGGUGAGGGCUCGUCGCUGAGGCUGUGUCAGGUGGGAAAGAGCAACGGCGAAUGAAUAAAAACUAGCGAUUAGUGGGAGAUGAUGAAGUCUCCCUGAACAAUACUCUGGUAUUGUUCAGGAAAAGGAAGGAAAGAAGAGGAUAGGAUAAGGAAAGAAUCUUCAUUUAAACUGUGAAGAUAUUUUUUUUUUAAAAAAAAGGCUCUUAGAUGUCGCAUAACCCACCCAAACAGCCAAAUGUGUCACAGCUCAGGUUAGAACACUCAGUACAGGUAGAGACAAAUGGCAGCAAAAAAAAAAAAAAAAGUUUAUUUACAAAAACACCAAAGUCUAAGCAAAGCAGCGAACUACUGAACUAAACUAAGCUGAACUAACCAAGGUAGAGUACUCACACGGCAAGUGACUAAGUAGCGGGGGGUUGGCAGGCUCAGAGAGUUGACAUCUGGGUGAGACGGGCUGGAGAGGGCAGAGGAUGGCCGGCGAGGUGGAGCCGAUGUGUGUGAGGUCCAGGGAAGGACCAGUGGCUGUGGCUUGUCUGGGUAAGCUGGUAGAGUCCACGAAUGCAGUCAGAAGUCCAGGAGAGAGCUGCUGCAGCUCGGCAGGCAGGCAGAAUCCAUAAGGUCUCCGGUCUGAGGCCCGGGUAGGAGCCAGCAACAGCAGCUCAGCAGGCAGUGGACUGAGCGGACCAGCGGAAAAGUAUGGCAGAGGAAAACAGGAUUAAUUUGUGGUUUCACACGAGUAACAGGAAAACCUCAGACCUACUCACAACAGAGGUAGCACUGAGUGAAGAGCCAGGCUUUAUGCUCAAUGGUGAUUUGGAACAGGUGAGGCGUUUCCGCAGCCGCUUCCAAUGUGACCUGAUUACCGACGGCCAGGAGCAUAGCAAGAGGGGGGAGGUAGAGAGCAGAUUACAGAAUUCCACAAAAUGGCAGUUGUAUGACACAUAACUUGCCCAAACAGCUAAUCGUCUGCUCUGUUAAAGCCCAACUAGGAAACAUCCAAACAAUCCUGUUGUUGUAAUGACUCAUGACAACAUAAAAUGUAGUACAUGGACGGUAUCAAUAAACAACAAAAUCUGUCACAACAUCUUGGUGCAUCAUAGAAUCCCUUCUGGAUUGAACCUGAUUGGUCGUGGGUUCAUACACCAAGAAGACAAAGACUCCAGACUUCUUGACCAAGAAAAAGGAAUCUGGAGUUCUGGAACUGAUGGAGCGGUCAAGUCAAAGUUUGGACUUGAAUCCUAUUGAACAGAUCUGGAUUUAGUGAAUUCAACAAUAGAUCACACAAAAGUUUAAUCCUGAACAAGACUCUGGGGACAGAGAAACUAUUUGGAACUCAAUAACAAAAGAGACUGUCAAAAAGUACAGAACAUCUAUGCCCGCAAGAAUACAGGCGUUAUCAGGGCCAAAGGAGGUCAUACAAAAUAUUACGAUUUUUUGUAUAAGUACUGUUUAGUUGUUCCAGUUUGUUUUUUGCCUAAUAAAUAACAAUAGAAGUUUUAGUUUGAAACAGGUUUUUGACUGAUUUCUCAAAUAUUUGUUUUCUUGUUUUUAUAACAGGUGGUACAAUAGAUUUGUAAAGCACUGCAUCUAUAUUAAUUCAUAUCCAUUUCAUUUAUUCUUUUAUAUCCAAUGCAUACGUUUCCAUUGUCGUUUUUAGAAUCAGUCCUAGUUAUUCAUAUAGUCAUGUGUUUUUAUUAUUCAGAUAUGUUUGUGUGUGUGUAUAAGAUCCAUAACUCAUACAUAUGAUUUCAUAAUCACUCUGGGUUGGAGAAUGACAGUUACUAAUUGAUCAACUAAUUUGCAGUUUAGCUCACAGAAUUUUGUAGAUACAUUUUUGCAUUUACAUGUUAUUUGCUUUUACAGUGCCAAUAGAAAGUAUUCACUGCCCUCGGAUGUUUUGUCCUUUUUAUUUGCUUUUCAACAUUGAACCAUGAUCAAUUCAGCUGUUUUAUCAAGAAUUUAUAAUAAAAGUAAAAACAAAAAUUCACCCUCUUCCAGUCAGAAUUUAGUACAAACAUUCUGGUUGCAGUUGCAGCAUUGAGCCUGAGUGGAUAAAUGUCAAAUUUUACCACAUUCUUCUUUAAAAAACUGCUCGAGCUCUGAGGUUACAAAGGAAUUAAUACUUUUCAUCGGCACCGUUUCCAUUUUUUGUUUUAACGCUGCACCUUCUGUGAAAUAAAGUCAACAUAAACAUGA